AAAUAACGUUCCUACCAAAAAAUAGGGGGGAACCAGAGAGAGAGAGAGAAGAAAGGAGGAAGAGGAGCGAUGCAAUCCUCCAUCUUCUUCUGCCCAUCUAUCUGCCACAGCUCAUCCUCCAAAAUCCCCUCCUCAGUCGGAUUCAGAUACCAGAAACCCAUCCGGGCGAAAAUCCCCACCCGCUCAGCAUUGCAAGAUGCACGAAUCCUAUCCGAAUCCGCCCCAAAAAAGCCCGAUAUAUCCAAGAAGAGCGAGGAAGUUAAGGUCGCGUGUAACAGGCUCUGCCCAUGCAGAAGAAGGCAUUUUCUGGGAGCUUCUGGUGCUGCCCUUGUGCCACUUUUUUCAGCAGACGCCAUUUCCUUACCGCCUGAUCCCACAGCUGCACUGAACGAUAUUCAUCCUCCAAGGCCAGAUUGGUACGAGGAGUGCUAUGCGUUGGUUAUGGACCAGGGCAUGAAAGCCUACGAGGGAGAGAUCUCAGGUUACAAAACUGAAAUAUUCAGUUCUUUGAGAAAAGAAAAUCAGAAGGUGCUGGAGCUAGGCGUUGGCACUGGCCCUAAUUUCAAAUACUAUGCUGGCACUCCUGGUAUUAGUGUCAUUGGCAUCGAUCCGAAUAAGCGGAUGGAGAAGUAUGCUCGGGUAGCUGCAGAGGCUGCAGGUCUACCAUCGAAACACUUCGAUUUUGCACAGGCAGUUGGGGAGGCAUUGCCAAUAAGGGAUGCUUCUGUGGAUGCAGUUAUUGGGACACUUGUAUUAUGUUCUGUCAAAGAUGUUGAUAUUGCAUUGAAAGAAGUGAAGAGGGUGCUAAAACCAGGUGGGCUAUACAUAUUCAUCGAGCAUGUUGCUGCCAAUGGUGGAACACCUGUCAGGUUUCUCCAGAGUCUCCUUGAUCCCUUGCAGCAAAUAUUCUCCGAUGGGUGCCAUCUCACCCGAGAAACAGGGAAGGAAAUUUCUGAAGCUGGUUUUUCAGAUGUGAGCAUUAACACAGCUGGUCUGUCAUCUGUCUAUCUUAUAUUUCCCCAUAUAUAUGGAGUAGCAUGUAAAUAGCACCAUGUCUUCCUGUGCACAUGAUUUGGAUUGCAUGCAGGAACGUGAAAUGCAGAGACAGGUAGAGAAUCCCCAAGUUCUUGAAAUUCAAUGAAGCCCUCAGUUAGUUUUAUCGGGCUUAGAAAGUUCAUAGCAUUCCAACUUUCAAGGUUUGUUUGGAUGCACAAAUGGAUUGCUUGGAUGCCCGUAAAAUUUUUGGUUGUAAACACUUCACACAUAAAAAGAGUUUCAUUUGUAAACUGUUUACAUGCUUGACUUGUGAAGUGUGUAUAAUGUAUAAAGUAGGUAUUCUUACCA